AUGAGAUCAAAACAGAUGUUGAAGAAGUUGAAAUUAUAGUCCCUUCGAAUACUGGUGUUGGUGAAAAUGAAGUUGACAGGCCUUUCAGUUGAGGAAGCUAUUGGAAAGGAUUUACUUAUGCUGGUUGAGGAUUUUUCAGCAGAGAGAGUCAAGAAGAUGCUGGACAUGGCACUGCAGGGUAUGUCUUUUUUCUAUUCACCAUUUUAUCCUUUUUUUUUCAAUUAUUUUGGAACAGGCCAAGAAGAUUACAAUAGAUUAAGACCUUUAAGCUAUCGAGGAGCUGAUGUAUUCCUGCUAGCAUUCUCUCUCAUAAGCAGGGCUAGCUAUGAAAAUGUUGCCAAGAAAUGGAUUCCUGAGUUGAGGCAUGUUCCAAUUAUUCUUGUUGGAACAAAACUUGAUCUUCGGGAUGAUAAGCAGUUUUUUCAAGAUCAUCCUGGUGCAGCGCUUAUCACCACAGUGCAGAAUGUGAAGGCUGUUUUUGAUGCGGCCAUCAAAGUAGUUCUCCAGCCUCCAAAGCAGAAGAAAAAGAAGAGAAAGGGUCAAAAAAUAUGUUCCAUAUUGUGAUCUUCUCAGUUCUAAAUUGGUAGUUGGCAAAUGAUGACAUGACUGUAGCCAUUUCUUGGUAAUCUUUGCGAUUCUAUAUCUUUGCAGCAUAACACAUGAUGGUGUUGGUGUUCCGCAAACAUUACUGAACCAAAUGUUCGGACGAGAGGGACAAGAAUUCGAGGAGGGUAUUAGUCUGCUCAUCAGCAGAAAGUUGCUGAAGCUGAUGAAUGGAGACGUGCGGUAUCUGAGGGAAGCUGGCAAAUCAUUUUUCAUCUUAACAGUUGAACUGGCUGCUUCCCAGAAAUUGAUUGCUUAAAGUUAUAGGAAAAUAAAGAAAUACUUUGAGUUUUUGUACAUCAGAAAAGCAAGUGUGCAAGAAAUCACUUUUCUUGUACAACAUACCUUAAGAGUAAGAGUAACAUAGUCUCAACUCUUAAGUCUUAACGCUUCUGUAACUCCUUGUAUGGUACGGUGUAUAUAUGUAUUAAUCUUCACGUUAUUCAGCUAUUCAUAUAAA